CUGGCAAGCGGUAGUUUAAGAUCUGCAGCAGACGGUUUAGUAUCUUAUGUGUUUGUGAGGCAUCAACAACUGGUUACAAGGAUCCGUUUCUACUGAUAUUGUCAUCAUGAGAACAGUUUUCACUCUUUGUGCGCUGGUCACAUUGUUGUAUCUUGUGUCAUGCUGUGAGAAGGAUACACAUUAUUUGAAGGAUGGUACAUGCUGUAAGAAGUGUGGACCAGGUAAGCGGAUGUUGGUGGAUGAUAACUGCGAGGACCCGCGCUGUCAGGACUGCCAAGACGGAGAAUAUCAGAGUGGCUACACAAGCGAAAACAGAUGUGAGCGCCAGCCCAGCUGUGACCCUAAUUUACAUUUUUUGCCACAAAAUGAACCCAGCAAGACCAGGCUAAGCAGAUGUCAGUGUGAACCUGGAUACUACUGUACACAAGAUGAUGACUGCGACACUUGUACAAAACAUACAGUUUGCAAGCCAGGACAGAGAGUUGUCAAAAAAGGUUCACCGGUUAGUGAUACUGCGUGUGAGGCAUGUGAACAUGGAACAUUCUCCACCAAUGAUUCAUCUGACACCUGCAGGAAAUGGAGCGAAUGUAAAUCUGGAUAUGUUCAGAACACUCCUGGCAGUUCAACCUCAGAUCAGACCUGUGGUGAGUACACUAAUCUGAGAACUCCUCUUGAACGACGUUAA